GACCAACCAAAUCCUUUCCAAAACCUUGGAAUUACAAAAUUUCACAAUACAGUCACACCAUUUGAUUUCUUCCCCUUGUGCUAAACCUAGGGUUUCGACAAACCCUAGCUCGGAGAAGAUUGGCGAGCAAUUCUGGAGCUAAGGAUGGACUUCGACGAGUACGAUUACCUGGAGAAGACUGUGCAGGAGAACGACGAGCGGGAUCCGAAGAAGAAAACGAAGAAGGAAGGCACCGAGAAGAGCUACAGGAAGAGAGAGGUUGACGACGACGUUUCAGUGGGCGGCGAGGAGGACGAUAGGAAGAGCAGUAAGAGGUCAAAGGCUGAGCACGAGAACGGGCGCGAGAAGGAUCGGCACCAUCGGACUGGAAGGGAGAGGGACCGAGAGAGCGAAAGGGAUAAGGAACGGGAUCGUGAUCGCGGCGAGCGAGAGAGAGACAGAGAGAGGAGUAGCAGAGACAAGGAGAAGGAUGCGGAUAAGGACAAGGAGAGAGAAAGAGAGCGGAGGGAGAGGGAUAAGGAGAGGGAAAGAGAGAAGGAAAAGGAAAGAGAGAGGAGAGAUAGGAGAGAGAGGGAGGACAGACACAGAAGAGAGAAAGAGGAGAAAGAGAGGUCUAGGAGGAGCGUAAGCCGCUCCGACCGCGAAGAGAAAGAGAGGCCUCGCAGAAGUAGUGACCGAGAAGAUAAAGAGCGGUCUCGCAGAAGUAGGAGCCGCUCGGAGCGUGAUAGGGAGAGGGAAAUUAGAGAAAGGGAACGAGAGCUUGAGCUGAGGGAGAGCAGCAGGAGGUUUAAAGACAAAAAGGAAGCGAUGGAGCCAGAAGCUGAUCCGGAAAGGGAUCAGAGAACUGUUUUUGCUUACCAGAUGCCACUGAAGGCAGCUGAACGAGAUGUUUAUGAAUUCUUCUCAAAAGCGGGCAAGGUGAGGGAUGUACGCCUGAUCAUGGACAGGAAUUCUAGACGGUCGAAAGGAGUUGGGUAUAUUGAGUUCUAUGAUGCAAUGUCUGUGCCAAUGGCUAUAGCUCUCUCUGGCCAACUACUUCUGGGGCAACCUGUAAUGGUGAAACCUUCGGAAGCUGAAAAGAAUCUUGUUCAGUCCAACGCCACGAGUGGGGCUGCAGGCGUUGUUGGGCCAUAUGGUGCGGUUGAUAGGAAACUGUAUGUGGGGAACUUGCAUUUUAACAUGACUGAGACUCACCUUAGAGAGAUUUUUGAACCAUUUGGACCAGUGGAACUUGUGCAACUUCCCCUUGAUCUUGAGACAGGACAGUGCAAGGGUUUUGGCUUUGUUCAAUUUGCUCAUCUAGAACAUGCAAAGGCAGCUCAAAGUUUGAAUGGAAAGUUGGAGAUUGCUGGUCGAACUAUCAAGGUUUCAUCUGUUACAGAUCAUGUUGGAUCUCAAGAGGCUGGAGCAAAAUCUGCAGACUUUGAUGAUGAUGAUGGGGGUGGUUUGUCUUUAAAUGCCCAAUCUAGAGCACUGCUAAUGCAGAAGCUGGAUCGCUCUGGUAUUGCCACAAGUAUUGCGGGGUCUAUUGGAGUUCCUGGGCUGAAUGGGGCAGCUCCUAAUCAACGAGCUGUUACGUUGCCUAUCAAUGGUCAAGCUGCAGUCUCUGCUCCUAUUCUUCCAGCAGCAGUUGCAGUCAAUGAACCCGUUGGAAACCCCAGCGAAUGUCUACUACUGAAGAAUAUGUUCGAUCCAGCCACUGAGAGGGAGCCAGAUUUUGAUGUAGACAUUAAAGAGGAUGUCGAAGAAGAAUGUUCAAAAUAUGGCCGGGUGAAGCAUAUUUAUGUGGACAAAAACAGUGCUGGUUUCGUGUACUUGCGGUUUGAAGCUGUGGAAGCAGCUGCUGCAGCUCAACGUGCAAUGCAUUUGAGAUGGUUUGCGGGAAGGCUGAUUUCAGCCCUGUUCAUGCAACCACAAGUUUACGAGGCCAAGUUUGGAGCUUAAACAACUGCUCAGAUGCAGGAACGGAAGAGUCUUUGCGGACAUGCAUCGAGUGUUUUUAGUUCAAGGAUAGUCUGUUUGUUUUAGGAUACCAAAUUUUCUAGUUUGAUCCUACACCUGUAAUAUUAUUACAUCGAAUGCAUGACAACCGUGGAAAUUUGUGUAAUUUGUGCCCCAACCCUUCUUUUUAUAUUAAUUAAUGUUUAGUGGUCAAUUAAUUAUCCCA